AUGGCUAAUCCAAAGAGACCCCCGUCUGACUGGGCCUCCCUCCUGAAGACUGAUUUUUACAUCAAGAAUCUCAUCCGCUAUGUGGAGUCUCAGAAUGCCAAGCUGCCACAGAGGAUUUCUUCCUCUCGCCCUGAACACCCGUGUCAAGUUCACAAAGACAAAGAGAACGAUUUGUUUUGUGUGGACUGUGCUGCUGUCAUCUGUCAUUUGUGUGCAGGGAUAUCGCAUAGAGGGUGUGGUCAGGUGGUGCCUGUUGAUGAGGCGGCUUCAGACAGACGAGCCACGACACAGAUUUGGAUCAGUGGGAUGAAAGCAAAGCUCAAGGAUACCUCGUCAUUACAGAAAUCAAGAGAAAAAUGUAUAAAUCAAAUAGAACGGCAACGUUUAGAAACCGAAGCCGCUAUAAAAGCCAGGGGACAAGAGCUGAGAAAAUUGGUAACUCAAAGUGAGGAAGAACUUCUUAAAGUUCUCGACACACAUUAUAAAUCUGUUCAAGAGAAGUUCAUUGUGCAUGUGUAUAGAUUUGAGGAUAGGCUGGACAUUUUGAAGCAAAACAUGGAGUCCUUACCCGAGACUCUAAGAUCUAUUUCAGACUAUGAACUUCUUUCGGGGGACAUUUUGGAGAAAGUGAAAAUGAAGAUGAAUGUGGAAGAUUCCGAUGUUAAAAGCUACCAUACAUUCUUAAAAGGUCUUGCAAAUAUUAGAUUAAAUUUCCAGCGUUCAGAUACUCCUAAAUUUAAUCUGGGGGACAUUUUAGUAAACAUAGAAGAAGUGGACACAGAAAGUGGAGCUACCCGGCAUAUAUGCGAAGAAAAGACAUCAAUACUAGACAGGCUUCGGGGCGUAAAGAACAAAAAACAGCAAAUGCAGGGAGAGAUAAUUCCCACGGUGGCGGUAAGAGACAAUGAAAUAAACCCAGCCAAUGUACCUUCAUCUGUAAUAAGAAAACCAGAACCGCCACCUCGAGUACCUCACAAAAUGGUUGCUAGAACAGAAGUCAAAAAGGCGAUAACUUUUCUUCAAAGGCAAGAAAGAGCUGCACCUCCGCCUGUACCCCAGCACUCUGAAAGCAUUGAAGAGCUUCCUGGGGAAGACGGUGCUGUUUUUGUACGUUUCAAGAGAGAAAACAGAAAUGCUGCACAGAACGUUACCAACAACGGCAGUAGCAGUGUGGAAAGGGGAACGAAUCUCAACGAGUCUUUAGAACCAGGGAUCACGCCACUAAGAACGAUCAGAUGCAGGUUUCGGGAAGACGAGCAGGCUCCCAAACUAAGAGAUCUGAUCAUUUUGAGCCCGAACAACACUGUGGUCGUGACUGACUGGGUGAACCAGUGUGUGAAGGCGAUCUACGUUCGUCGAGACAGAGACAACCGGCUUUCUGUGGGAGGGAAGCCAUGGGCGAUAACUCAGCUGACGGACAACAUGUGUGCUGUUAGUCUUCCGCUUGCUCAGCAGAUAUGCCUCUUGAAGAGGUGAAGUAAAGUUUAGAUUCCACCCCGACCAUCCCCGACGGCUGCAACAGCCGAGUGGAGUGACCACCGAUCCAUCUGGCCGUGUACUUGUGGCGGAAUCCAGAGGGUUGUUGAGCCUCACGGCUAGCGGUCAGUUCAGCCAUCCAGUGGUCCGGCCCCAAGACGAACUAUUGAGUGACCCCAGGGGAGUGGCUCAGGACUCUGAGGCAAACAUCUACGUCACAAGCCACGAUGACAGCGUGUUGGUUCUGGCUCAGAAAGACUUGCUGCGUUGGAAGUAAAAAUUGCAUUUUGUAAAGUUUAAUGUUAAUAUUCUACGUCUCCAUUGACACAACUAAAUUUCUGCUCUCCUUCGUUGUCAUUCUGUUCAAGAUUUAAGUACCCACCAACAUUAGAAUGCACUGGUGCUGUUUGACACAAACCAAAUACACCCUCUGUUUUAUGCAAACAUUUAGGAGGCGUGCUGCUUCAAUCAUUUAAAAAAAUGUUAUUAU